AUGAGCAACGAAGAGCAUUCUGAAAGCGAGUUUUAUUAUCCAGAAGUAGAAAAUGAAGAAUAUGAAACCAAUUUUUAUCAGUUUCACGACGACAAUGUCAACGAGUAUGUGCAGCGAAACAGCCAAGAAGAAAUUGACAUUUUUAUAAGCGAGAAAAAAAGCGUAAACACGGUGAAAAAAACCACAACCGACAUGAAUGCAUUCGACCGGUAUCUAGCUGAAAUAAACAAACAAUAUUUAAACCUUAACAUUUUGUACUUACCAGCACAGGAGCUUGACCACUUGUUGUCCAAGUUUUUCAAAGAUAUCCGCAAGUUAAAUGGCGAAAAGUACGAACCGGGAACGAUUUCAAGUUUCCAAAGGAGUAUUCAGCGCUUUCUUUCCGACAAUAAAUCCCAGUUUAACAUCCUGAGAGACAAAGAAUUUGAAAUGUCCCGCCAAGUUCUUGCAGCGAAACGAAAAAUUUUAGUAAACAAAGCCGGCAAGGGAAACAAGCCAAAUGCUACUCGCUCUCUCACGCAAGAAGAAGAGGACAAACUGUUUGAAUGUGGACUGUUUGGUAUGUCUGGACCGGAAGUCCUCCAGAGAACCAUGUGGUGGUUUUUGGCACUCCACUUUGGCUUCAGGGCGAGAGACGAAAGCCGUAAGUUAUGUUGGGGCGAUAUUCAACUCCAAAGAAACACUGAUGGUCCCGAAAUGCUCGUCUGGCUGUGUGAACGAGGCACAAAAACACGGAAUGGUCAAGAAAACGGUCACCAAAGAUCCUUUCAGCCAAAGAUUUACGCCACUGGAUCAGAAAGCCAUCGUCCAGUCGAAAUGUCAAAAGCCAUCGUCCAGUCGAAAUGA